UAACAAAAAAGCCCACAUAAGCUGGAAAUUUUUUUGGGAGAGGAAAUCUCUCAGUCACCCUUACAGUCGCUCAUCGUCCUCCCGCUAUCUCUGCUUCUCAAUUCUCUCACGCACACCGUUUCUCUGCUUCUACUCUGAGCAUUUUUUUGCUUGUUGUAUUUGUUGCUGAUUUCAAAGUGUUUUAGGAAAGAACAUGGCAUCAAAAAGGGAAAGGGCAACUGGUGAUAGGGUAGAGGAGGAAGGGCUUGAUUUUGAAUCGAAAAGGCUAAGGGUGGGUAAGGAGUCUUCCCCCUCUCCUCUUGUUUCCAUCGCAAAUCCUCUUUCUGGGUUGGCUAAUAACUAUGCUGACAUCGAUGAGGAGGAAGAUUAUUAUCAAAGGGAUAAGGGUGUUGUUAACGACAAUAGGAAUGGUGCGUCUCAGCAUAAUGGGCAUAAAUAUGAAGGGGAUGAUUAUAGCGAUGAAGAAGAAGAUUCACAGGAACAACUAUUUGGUGGAAGAAGUCGCCAGGUGGAGGUUCGGAAGGACUGUCCUUAUCUGGACACUGUAAAUAGACAGGUUUUGGAUUUUGACUUUGAGAAGUUCUGUUCUGUCUCUUUGUCCAAUCUAAAUGUCUACGCGUGUUUGGUUUGUGGUAAGUAUUACCAAGGGAGAGGGAAAAAAUCCCAUGCUUAUACGCAUAGUCUGGAAGCCGGACACCAUGUUUAUAUCAAUCUCCAAACUGAAAAAGUAUACUGUCUUCCCGAUGGCUAUGAAAUUAAUGAUCCCUCACUAGACGACAUUCGGCAUGUCCUGAAUCCGAGGUUUACUGCAAAAGAUGUUGAACAACUUGACAAAAAUAAGCAGUGGUCCAGGGCACUUGAUGGUUCUAGUUACCUUCCGGGAAUGGUUGGACUUAAUAAUAUUAAGGAGACUGAUUUUGUGAAUGUAACAAUUCAAUCCUUAAUGAGAAUUACCCCGUUGAGGAAUUUUUUUCUUAUCCCGGAAAACUAUCAACACUGCAAAUCUCCACUUGUUCAUCGAUUUGGUGAACUCACAAGGAAGAUCUGGCAUGCACGGAACUUUAAAGGACAGGUCAGUCCCCAUGAGUUUCUUCAAGCAGUGAUGAAAGCUAGUAAAAAACGAUUUCGAAUUGGUGCGCAGUCUGACCCAGUUGAGUUCGUGUCAUGGCUUCUUAAUACCCUACAUGCUGAUCUUAAAACUUCAAAGAAGAAUACGAGCAUUAUUUACCAGUGUUUUCAGGGUGAACUUGAGGUUGUUAAAGAGAUUCCUAAUAUUGGAAAUGCACCCUUCAAAGAAACUUUGAAAAUGCCAUUCCUAAUGUUAGGUUUGGACUUGCCGCCGCCUCCUCUUUUCAAGGAUGUGAUGGAGAAAAAUAUAAUACCCCAGGUUCCACUCUUCAACAUACUAAAGAAGUUUGACGGUGAGACUAUCACCGAGGUGGUCCGUCCUCAUAUAGCAAGGAUGCAAUAUCGUGUUACCAGACUGCCUAAGUAUAUGAUUCUUCACAUGCGGCGAUUUACAAAGAACAAUUUUUUUGUGGAGAAGAAUCCUACUUUAGUCAACUUUCCUGUGAAGAAUUUGGAGUUGAAGGAUUACAUUCCCUUGCCAACACCAAGAGAAAAUGAGAAAUUGCGCACUAAAUAUGAUUUGAUUGCAAAUAUUGUUCAUGAUGGCAAACCAGGUGAAGGAUCCUAUAGGGCGUUUGUGCAACGAAAAUCAGAAGAACUAUGGUAUGAGAUGCAGGAUUUGCACGUGUCAGAAACACUCCCUCAUUUGGUUGCGCUUUCAGAAACUUAUAUGCAAAUAUACGAGCAGCAGCAUUGAAAGGCCCAGUUCAAAUCCUUUUCCUAGCAUACCAUAACCUGAAAGCAAGUCUUUUUGAAGGAUUUAGAAUACGAGACAUAAUUCACGGUUAGCUACACAAUUGGGGAAAUAUAAUGCGUGAUUAUUGCAGCUGAGUGGCUUUAUUCAAAUGUAAUGCGCAGCUUUGAGGGACUCGAAUUUUUUUGUUGCUGUACUUGAUAUGAUAGGUUGCUUGAGUAACUUGUGGAAUGUGAAGUAUCCACUUAGCUUAAUCCAUAUUAAAUUGCAUUGCUUAACACUUACAAACCUCUGUUUGGUCGUUGAAUCUCCAAGUAGCAUGGUGCAUAAUGUUUCUGCAGAUAUAAAUUGAUGGUAUUGUACUAGUGGAUUAUCAGGUGUGUAGCUAGGAUUUGUCUAGUAACUUUCUAGCAUCGUACCUUUGCACAUGUGUUGUUAUUGAUAGAUUUGCAAAUUAAUCUAGCUAUGCAAAUGAUCUUAGUAAGGGUAACUUGUUAUGGCUAACUCUACUAAAUUUUUUCUGAGAACAUUGUAGUCACCAAGAGCCUGGUAACAAGAUAUCAAGCAGUUCAAUGUUGUAGUCACCAAGAGCUUUGUAACUGUUUAAUAAAAGUAGUUCCUAGUAAA